AUGAGGUUCUCUCUCCUCGUCAUCGCCGCUCCGGCCGCCCAAGCCGUAGUCUCCUACAUGGCCGCCGUCCCAGAGUCCCUCAUGGCCAUGGUCGAGUCUGCCGAUUGCACUUUGCCCGACGACUUCCAGAUCCAAAACUUUGCGGCCGAAUCACCAGACGGUGGGCAGACGCUCGACUCCCUGGAUUUCAGCUUCAACGACGACAGCACGUUACUUAGCACGUCAUGUCACCUCGACGCCUCGUCGAUACCCGUGGCAGGUGACGGCCGCACUGCGCGGUACGCCUGCGACGACACCCGCGUGCAGUUCAUCUGGCAGAACGGGACCAUCACCAUGAUUGAGAAAGUCUGCCCCGGUGACGACGGUGCCGCAGACUACGAGGCGUCUGGCACAGCCGCCGUUCCGGUGGUGUGCGACGGGGCCGCCGGGAACGGAACGGGCAACGCCGCACGUCUCAGGCGCAGCGGGAGCAAGAACAGGAGGGCCUUUGCGUGCAAGUCCAACUCGGACGACAUCCGAUCGAAAUUCUUCAGCAUUCAGCCUGUCCCGGGUGGCGGCGAGAAGUAA